CAGAGAAUGGUAGCAUUUACCUGUUAGCGUUAACUAAAAAGCCAAGCAGGAACUGAACCCUUAAGAAGUGUCGUACUUUGUAUCAAAGGGCUGGGCUUUCCACACAGAGUGCGGGAGCUGGUGUGUUUGGUGACCCAGAAUGGACCGCUACAGGUAUUUCAUCUUCAACCAGAGGAGCAUGGUCGUGCUGGGCAUCCUGCAGAUCGCCUGCGCGGGGCUGUGUGUGGUCUGCGGCUUCAUGGAUGCCGCUUUUAGGAAGGACACCACGCUGAGCCACACCAGGGCACCACUGUGGGCCGGAGUGGUUAUGGCUAUCCCAGGAGUGUUAGCUUUGUUUUCCUCCCAGAGAAAGAAUCCAGUCUUGGUGAAUGCAAUGAUCGCAGUUUCAGUGUUCUCUUGUUUUACCACAAUCAUCAUAGUGGUCUACUCCUCCUUGACGUUAAGCUACGGCGAAGACGACGAUGAGCUCUUUCAUCCUGAUCACAUUCACACUCCGCAAACAAAGUUUAUCCUGAGUAAGAUUGUUAAAGGCGCGAACAUCACGAUGCUGCUGGCCUGCUCCUUCAGCAUUGUGCUGGCACUCUUCACUGCCUUCCUGGGCUGCCGGAGCCUCCCCUACUGCGCCUGCUACGACAGCGUCACGGGACUGGAAACACUGGUUUCACAGGAUGACCAGAAUCCACAGACAGAGCUGAUCUGCACCUGGCAAGGUAGAGGAAAAUCACCACAUGGCGACGACAGGCUGUUCAAUGCCCCUGUGCAGUUCAGUGACCGGACUGUGGAGCAGGAGGAGGAGGAGAUGUCUUCCAAACCUCCACCUUACAUCCGGCUGGCUUGAGACAGGCCACUUAGAGGAAGACUGACAUCCUGUUUUGUGUGUUCUGGCUAUUUAUAAGUGUGUGUUUGUAACGAAGAAGACAGCUAUUUUUUUAUAAAUCUUAAUUAAGUACUACAUUGCCCUCUGUCUGAAGGAUAUUGAAAAUAGUUACAUUAUGGAAGAUGUGCUGAGAGAGAUUUAGACAGGUCAAGGUUGAGUUGUUUUAGGUGGUCAUUUAUUUUUUUUUGGCUACUGUCCAAACACUGGCCUUUUUCUCCUCAGACUUAUUUUUAUAUUCUAGACCUCUCCUAGUCUUCUGCUUACCAAAUUUAAGCCACAGGUCAAACAAGGACAGUGCUGUACAGUCUAAACAAUUGCUUAAAUGUUAAUUCCAAAUCAGAAACUCAAAAAUUGUGAUCUUGGAAGAAAAUCAGUUAGUAUUAAGACAAGCUUGGUAAUUAUACUUUCACUGAGGAAGACUGGUCCUCUGCUGAGGACAGGUCUGAGAUUAAUCUUCGUGUGUUUGAGCUGUUUGCCCUUCAGUCUGACACUGGUGUAAUCUUAUAUUCAGUUAUGGUACAGAUGGGGAAAAGCAUUCUCCUUUUCUAGGGAGAAGCUUCACUGCUGUAUGUUUGUCGUAAAAUUGUAGUGAUUUCUAUUGUCUUGAUCAUUUGGAUGAAGCCAUGCUAUUGUUGUGACAGUUAUGCUUGUUCUUUUUUGUAAACACGUGCCCCCUCUUGUUUGAAAUGAUCCUCAAUCUGACCUUUGAAAGCUUUGUUCAAGAGACAUUGAGUGGAAUUUACUAUAUACACCAAUCAAAAAGACCCUGUAGCUGAAAAAACAACCCAGGAAGGGAAUAAGCUUCAGCUAGCUACAUGACAGCUUAACCAUCCUACAUAGUUAAACAAACUAUACAUACAUUUUUUCUCAUGUUUUCUGAAGUUGGGAGGGGUUUUGAACACACAGUACUGUACUGAAAUGUGCCAUUUCCUUUUACCCUUAGGAAACCAGAUGCAGUCUAGCAUACCUUUUAAUUCUCUGAGCAGUUGCCAUGUGUGGAAUACAAGGUGUACCUGAAUGCAUCAUUUACACCGAUUUGGACAUGAUCUGGCAUCCAGAUUUAAAUGUGUGCAAUCAUUUUUUUAAUUCUGUAAUUUAUGCCUAAUAAAAGUGUUUUAAUAUGAAA